CUCAGUCUGUAUCCCGCUUUGCCUGACAGACAGAACAGAGGCAGCCCUCCUCAUCAACCUGCCUCUUCGGGUUUUUUUUUUUUUUUCUGCCAGCCUGUUAAUGUUCUUGACCUCAUGAGCCGAGAAAAAAUAAAUAAAACCACUCCAACAUGGAGACCACAGAGGACCUUCUGGAGCUCUCACCCUCGAAGGAGACACUCACCGGGGAAAUAAGGCGUGAAACAGGACCAACAACAACCCGGUAAAAUAAAGACAAAAAAGAUAAAACAAAAAAGACAAACAAAAAACGCUUUUUAUAAUUCCAGUGACAAACCCGACUGUGACCCUCUUCCUCCUCCUCUCCACGAAAACAUCCUCCCGACUCCGAUGCCCUGCUCGAGAAGUUCCGGAGAAGCCGCGGAUAAAUCCUCCAGUUCGGAAGAAGCCCAGGACUCUGCCCCCCUCGGAUCAAGACCUCUGAGAAAUGAGCUGCCGAUGAAUCACCUCAAAGGCCAUCUGACAUCGCUACUUGGCUUGGAGGUCUUCUAGAGGGUUGGACCUCCUGCCAUUAUGAAAGGGUUGGGAACCAACCGUAACAGGCACCUGUCUGAUUCCUGUGAACCCUCUACUGGCCAUUCAGAGGCUCUUUACCCACAGAAGACCAGCACGCUGCCACGCAGCCCUUACUUGCUUAGCCCCACAAUGGACCACUAUGGCUCCAUGGACCCUCGCCUUUACCCUCCAGUCAACCCAGGCUCCCUACCAGCAGACUGCAUGCUGCCCCUCAACAAUCAGCUGUCCAACAGCAGCACCUUUCCAAGUAUCCACUACAAUUCCUAUGACCAGUCUGAUUUUUCACCUCCUGGGGACAGCAUUGGAGGGAUUGGCACAGGAACCAUGGGGACAUCUUUGUCCAUGGGAAUGGCAACGGGUAUGGGCAUGGCAGGGCUGAGUGGACGCACACCUAUGAUAACAAGUGGCUCAGCGACUAUAUCACACCAUAUGACUAAGAACCAAGCACCUCCUAGUUUGCUGGAGUUUGAAAAGCAGCUACCCGGAGGUCGCGACGGAUUCAGCACUUUACAGUUUCACAGAACGUCUGCUGCUGCCAAGCAGCGGACCGACAGUCCUGGACGCAUUCGUUACAUGCUUCACUCAGUUCAAAAACUUUUUGCCAAGUCUCAGUCAAUGGAGAGCCACAACAUGAAAGGAAACGUCAACGGGCGAUCUACUGGCAGCGGCGGAGGRUCGUCUAGCACCGAGGAUGGAGGGAAGCAUCAUCGCAGAGCCAAAAGUAAAGACCGUGCCACAAAAUCAGAGGCAACCAAACGACGGCCAAGGUCCAACAUGUCGGGUUAUUGGAGCUCUGAUGAUUUGGAUAGCAGCGAUUUGAGCAGCUACCAUAACUCCAUGGCCAUGAUGACUCUGAGGCAUCCUGGUAGCCAUGACAGCCAGGGUAAAUACAUCCACAGUGGCUACAACACCAUCAGUUCCUCUAAAAGCAUCAAUGACAUGAAGUAUCCGACUCUUCCUGGUCCAGAGGCUAGAGGGGUUGGUGGACUAAGUGGAGCAGGAGGUAUGUUAAUCAAUGAUAGUGACUAUGUGAAAGGUGGGUCUUGGUCUACGCUGACAAUGGGCCAACCAAGACAGGUGAUACAGAAGGGCUCAACUACUCUGGACAGGUCCAUGCUCAAGUCCAAAUCCUGCCAACAGGAACUGACCUGCAACUACCUGCAAGUUGGARGCAGGGGUGAUUGGAGCAGCACAUUAGGUCGCAGUGGAGGCUUCAAUGAAAUCCCGUGUCGGCGGAUGCGCAGUGGGAGCUACGUGAAGGCCAUGGGAGACUUGGAAGACAGUGACGACUCUGAAGGAAGCCCAAAACCCUCGCCCAAAACUGCUGCUCGCCGCCAGAGCUACCUCAGGGCUACCCAGCAGUCUCUGAGUGACCAGCUGCCUCCACGCAACUGUCUUCCGUCUCUCAGAGAGAUGUCCAGUAACCGCAGCCUGGACAACCUGGACUGUAUCGGAGGAACACCGUGGGAUGACGACAGCUUCAGCCAGGCCUGCAGCACUUUAGGCAGGCGGAGUUGCAUAGAACAGCUACAAGAUUUGGAAAAGAGUCAUCAUUACGAGAAUCGAAGCUCAGAGUCUGCCUUCAGAGAUUCCCAUUCUCAGGACCACUCGGAGCCUCCGGAUCUGCCCAUGCCCACAUGCUUCCGAUCCCGCAGCCACAGCUACCUGAGAGCCAUCCAGGCUGGCUGUUCCCAGGAUGACGACACAGCUUCCAUAGACUCGGGCUGCUCUCCGCCUCCGARCGACUCCACCGUUAGAACAUACAGCACCAGCACCGACAUCCAAUGGAAGACAUGGAAAGAGCAGUUUGCCUCUUACCUGAUAGCCACUGGCUUGGACAAAGCCCCAAAGGAGAAACAACUUGCAAUUUUUCUGCAGCGUUUUGGGACAGACAGACCACGCAUCCUACCCACACACACAGUUUCUACACACAUAGCCAGCUGUAAGAAGGCUGCUCCUCCACCAGUGCCUCCGCGCACCACCUCUAAGCCCUACAUCUCGGUGACGGUACAGAGCAGCACAGAGUCGGCGCAGGACAACUACUUGGACCAGCAGGACAGGAGGUCGGAGGUCAACAGCCAGUCGAGCCACGCUCACAGCAACUCGUCCGACAGCCUGGACAGCACCCGCGCUAACAGCCUGGCCCGAGGCAUUCCCCGUCCCCCGCACAUCAUWCCCAUUCCCAUCGCUACCCCGAGGGACCCUAUCACCCCCAGCACCGCCAACGCUUCCACCGAGACAAGUGACUCAGUCGUCCAAAAUGAGUCUGUGAAAUCAGGAUCGAAUAACAGGAAUCUAGUGGCAGAAGAGCCUUUUGUAGCCCCGGUGCAGAGAAGGAAACUGUCUUCCAUCGGGAUACAGGUUGACUGUAUUCAGGAAGUUCCCAGGGAAGAGACUCCACCACUGACCAGGUUUCAGUCAAUAGGAGUACAGGUGGAGGACGGGUGGCAGCCUAGUCGCUCUAGCAGCAUGGCCUCCAAACAAGACACAGACUCAGACAUCUCCAUCGUUUCCCACACCAACAACUCCAAACCCUUUGAGAAGAAAGUCAUGGUGAACAGUGCCAGUCAGUCCACGAGUCCCCCCCCCAGACAAGACUCUUUAGACAACGGCGACCCCGCCGGCGACACCUCGUCCCCGCCCCUACCCAGGCAGAUCCUCAACCGCUCCACCACGCGGAGUAGCUCCUCCUCUUUCUCCGAGAGCCUGGACCCGGCACUGGACCCCUCGUCUCUGCCGCCCCCGGACCCCUGGCUGGACAGUGGGAACGGGAGCGGCAGCGGCGUCUCCCAMGGAGGGGGAGGGGGAGCGGGCACGCUGUGCCGGAGAGACGGCCACUGGUUCCUGAAGCUGCUGCAGGCCGAGACGGGACGCAUGGAAGGCUGGUGUCAGCAGAUGGAGCAGGAAGCCAAAGACAACCAGCUCUCAGAAGAGGUGCUGGGGAAAGUUCGCAGCGCAGUGGGAAGCGCUCAGCUCCUGAUGUCUCAGAAGUUCCAGCAGUUCCGAGGCCUGUGUGAACAAAACUUGAAUGUGACUGCCAACCCGCGGCCCACAGCCCAGGACCUAGCUGGCUUUUGGGACCUGCUGCAGCUCUCCAUUGAAGACAUUAGCCUCAAGUUUGACGAGCUCUACCACCUCAAGUCCAACGACUGGCAGUCCACGCCAUCCGCCGCUGCCCAGUCGACCCCCGAGCGGAAGCCAAGCGAGGAGAAGGCGACUGCUCCGGCGUCAAAGAAACCUGGUAAGGGACGACCGACGCUCGGCCGGGAGAAGAGUGCCGACUCAUCCACCUCUUCAUCGGCCUCAUCAGAAAAGCAGAGACAAGAGGCUCGCAAGCGCCUGCUGGCUGCGAAGAAGGCCGCCUCCUUUCGCCAGAACUCGGCCACGGAGAGCGCGGACAGCAUCGAAAUUUACGUCCCCGAGGCCCAAACCCGCCUCUGAGAGAGAAACCAUGAGCGAGAAGGAAGAACGGACAGAUAAGUGCGUGUGGUGGCGGGGAGGGUUAAAACAGAUACUGAGACAUGAAGGAC